AUGGACAAAGUCUCGAAGUCACUUGGCGGGACCUCGCGCACGCCCCCAAGUCGGCCUCCAAAAUCUAGCACGCUCCUAGAUCUUUCGAACUUCGACAUCAAUGCUGUACUUCGGGGCAUGCAGCUCACUCUAGUUGGCGCUCAUCGAGCGCUUCAGAAUCCAGCCAUGUUCACCAGCGACCACUACAAGCAGGCGGCGUAUGCCGUCGCCAUAGGCAUCGCAAUACGUCUCAUUGUGUCCAUCCCAAUCGCCAUUGCUAAGUUGACUAUUUGGCUACUUUCCUUAUUCGUUUCUUUGGAAUCAGUUACAUGGGACGACUCGCUCAUCAAUGGCCUCGAUUUCAUGGCGGAAUAUGUAUUGCAAAUCCCCUUCUUUCUGAUGGUACUCAUGCGUUAUAUGGUGCCAACUCUGGAUAAUCUAUUUAUGCAAUCCUUACAAUGGGUAGAUUUGACAUAUACACAAAAGCAUAAGCAUGACGACCAGUGUCAACUUCGCGGUCUCUACUAUCCGAAUUUGAGCCAAUAUGGUGGACCUUCUGCCGUAAAGCUAAAGAAGACAGACACUUGGAUCGCCGUCAAUGCCUUCUUGAGCAGAUUCGGCCGCAAAGCCUUACUUUCUCUCGCCAUCUUUGCGUUGUCGCAUGUCCCAGGAAUCGGUAAAUUCGUACUGCCAGUUGCCAGUUUCUACACUUUCAAACAAGCUGUUGGAACAGGGCCUGCAGUCGUCAUAUUCGGUGCCGGCAUAUUCUUACCGCGACGAUAUCUCGUCAUAUUUCUGCAGACAUACUUCUCAUCUCGCAGUUUAAUGCGCGAACUUCUGGUACCGUAUUUCUCCCGCAUACACUUUACAAAGGAUGAGAAACGCAAUUGGUUCAGGAAUCGCGAGGGUGUUUUAUUUGGCUUCGGGCUGGGCUUUUAUAUUCUCACACGCGUUCCCCUCGUAGGGGUCUUGAUAUAUGGAAUUGCUGAGGCGUCUACAGCAUAUCUAGUGACCAAAAUCACCGAACCACCACCCCCUGUAUCAGAAGCCCGGCAGUACGCCCAGAGUCAGCAGAUUUGGAGGAACAAGCAUGAAAUACUAAGUCUGUCGCUGGCAAAUUUGGACAGCCUGCAGACUCAUUCUUUCACAAACACUGAACACGCAUGA